CCAAAAGUUAUCAAGAAAAAACACAAAGUUAUAUCAUGUGCGUAAAGAAAAGGGUUUACGUGACGCCCAUUUAUAAAUAACAGGGAUUGCAAUACAAGGCUUUGAUUCUGUAUUGCUAUUGUCUUGUUCAUCGCCUGCAUUGAUUAAGAGCAUAGGCUUUAGCAAAAAUGCGGUUGCUUCUGCUGCAGCUCUUAAAGAAUGGGAUUGGAAAUGCCAAAUCCCCACUAGAAGCCGUUCGCCAGGCUGCUCCCAUGUUUUCUUCCAUGCAAAGUCAGGGAGGAGGAGACAAUGUUGGUGUGAAGUCAUUGCGUGCUUUGGCAAUCCUUGGGGCAGGAUUGUCUGGUUGCGUUGGUUUUGCCAGCAUAGUUUCUGCUGAUGAGGCUGAGCAUGGUUUAGAAUGUCCAAGCUAUCCAUGGCCUCAUAAGGGGAUGCUGAGCUCUUAUGAUCAUGCAUCAAUUCGGCGUGGGCAGCAGGUCUAUCAGCAAGUUUGUGCAUCUUGUCAUAGUAUGUCCUUAGUCACCUAUCGUGAUCUUAUUGGAGUUGCCUACACUGAAGAAGAAGCAAAGACAUUAGCAGCAGAGAUAGAAGUAGUGGAUGGGCCAAAUGAUGAAGGUGAAAUGUUUACACGACCUGGAAAAAUAAGUGAUCGUUUUCCCACGCCAUAUCCUAAUGAGCAAGCAGCACGAUUUGCUAAUGGAGGGGCUUAUCCUCCAGAUCUCAGCUUGAUCACAAAGGCACGCCACAAUGGUCAAAAUUAUGUCUUUGCUCUGCUUACUGGAUACCGAGAUCCCCCAGCCGGAGUUUCGAUCCGAGAGGGAUUGCACUACAAUCCCUAUUUCACUGGUGGUGCAAUAGCCAUGCCCAAGAUGCUCAAUGACGGAGCAGUUGAAUAUGAAGAUGGGACACCUGCAACAGAAUCUCAGAUGGGUAAAGAUGUAGUCACAUUCUUGUCUUGGGCAGCUGAGCCUGAGAUGGAGGAACGGAAACUGAUGGGAGUCAAAUGGAUAUUUAUUUUCUCACUUGCUCUUCUUCAAGCUGGUUUCUACAGGCGAUGGAAGUGGUCCCCUUUGAAGUCACGAAAAUUAGUCUUGGAUGUUGUGAACUAAUAAUUAGUUUUUCUUUUGACAUAUUGCUUAGCAGUAUUAGGAGGUAUAAUGAAUUUUUCUUCCUCCUGUGCAAAAUAUUGAGUUACAACAAAUUGAACAUGUUGAUUGGGUUAUUAAUAAGUGCACUUAUGACAUAAUAACCGGGAUGGAGUAUAUCAAGGUUAUCUGUUUUCAGCACUCAAUUUUUUUGUCAUUGUUCACUCAUACCUUUAAUCAGAUUUGGUCCCUGCGUAGAGAGCAUGCAUAGACACGGGCAGAAGAUGAUUUAUGUGGAAAUUUAUGACUGAUAUUUUGUAUUCUUUUAAGGAAAUUGCAAGCUCUCAUACAUUGAUCGUGCUUCGAAGGUAGAUUCUCAAAUUAUGUGGAAAUUUGUUAUCUACAAAUGUCAAUGCUAAUAGGAAUAAGGGAAGAAAGUUGAUUUUUACUUUCAA